AACAGCGUAACUAUUAAGAUUUCGUAAAAAUUAUUUUUCAAAACUCAUCAACCGGUGGUGGCAGUGCGCCAUUGUGAAAUUUGCCAUUGAAAAUUCGAGUUUGUAGUCAAAAAAAUACCCUUCGGUAAUUACUAGGUGUUUGAAACUUGUUAUGGAGAUCUCAAAGUGCUUUUUUCUAUAGUUUUAUCGUUUGUAUAUUAUUAAAUACGUCAGAGUAGUGGGUAGAUUGCCUAUAAUGACGGGAGCUGAAGACUAUCUCAAAGAAAUUAUUAGACUGCAACUGAAGAAGCCCAGAAAUUGGAAUUGGGAACUGUCAACUUCGAGAUCUUCGCCACAUAUUAGUUUACCAACGAUUCAGCUUUAUAACUCUAAAGGGAAACUUCUUGUUGAAACCAAAGAUGAUGGUUCCAGUUCAAGACAAAGUUGGAAAAGCUCGGAUACUAAAGCUGAUAGAACUCAAAUACAUAUACAAAAAUGCAGAAGCGAGAAUCUUGAACAGAAACUGGCAAAAAUCAGUGAGUUUGAAUCAAAUCGUUUAAAAAACAAGUAUGUCAAAAGAUGUCGCAGCGAUACCUUAACUGACUCAGUACUAUUACCUAGUAGAAGAAAAAAUAGGUCUAGUGAAGCUGUAAUUAGUAGUGACAGAAGUAGAAACAAAGAUAAAGGAGUCUUAGAUGAAGUACCUGUUGACAGGCCAUCAACACAAAGAACUCUAAAUGAGAGACUCAGAGAUAUAGAGCAGAGAAGACUGUACGGACUGCAAAAAUCAAAAAGCGAUGUAAUAGACAUUCAAGUUAAAUCAAAACCAUCUCAACACGUUCAAAGACCUUACCACCGAAGAACUGGUAGUGACGAUUUAUUCCAGAAGUCCUGGCACAAAUACAACAUAAAAGAAAGCCUGAAAAGAGCAGAAAAAGAUGGUUACAAGAAUUUUCUGGAUACCACGCCUUACCGGGCAUGUUCCGUGGAUAGAUCUAGCGAUAGAAACAGAAAAAAGCCUGUUCCAGGAUAUCUGGAAACAGCUGAGACAGUUUUUUGCAACAACAAACCUCAAAAUUUCGAGAUCAAGGACGUAGAAAAACCAAAAAGGUACAGACUGAGACAGAGUAGAGCGGGUAUCUUGGUGAUCAGUGACGAGAGCUUCAGUUCGAGUCACAGAAAAAGGUGUCACGGUGACCUGGGCGAUUGUAGGGAAGACAGUGGUGACGUAAUUAUAGAAGGAGAUCUGACAAGUUCCGUAGAAGAUUUGAACGAGCUAAGAAAAAGGCCAAUCCCGGACCACGGACGACCGUUCAGGCAGGCCAGCGAUCCGGCAGGUGUUUGGACAGCGCGAUUGCCGACGAAUCGAUACGGUAUCGGACCUAGGACGAUGACGUCGACGUGUCCCGAUGACGUCAGAGCCAUCGCCGGACGAGGGCAGUCCUGCAGUUACAAAACUCCUGGUUCUGAGACGCAACUAUUCUAUUCCAAAAGUGAUGUAUUUCCAUUCCAUCAUCUUACCAAAGACUGCAACUAUCCAGAAGAGAAGAAAUACAGAGAUCUUCCUGUCGAGAUGGAUGCCAAUUGCAACUAUACAGUUCAGGAGCCUCUUACAACCCCUAAUAGUGAGAGUGGUAAGGAUAUAGCUGAAGAAAUAUCGAAAAGAAGAAGAAGAAGAAUUGGAAGGAGAUAUACUGAUGGAUCUACUUCGUCUAGCACAGCUUUGGAUGAGAUUCAGACAGGACCCUUGGUACGGUCUCCAAGAACUCAGGAAACUAGCGAGCGCGACCUGUUGCGACUAGUACGACGUCUCUCCACCUCCACGCCCUCCAAAACCGACUCGAGUGCCAAGGAUCCUGAAGAAGGGCGGAAUUUCGACGUAGACACGCGAAACGUCGACAGGCGCCAUGUGAGGGCCGGCGUGAUGGGCGCUAACGUCAGUCGGCACUCGACAAAGGACUUUCAGGUCGAAGAUCACAAUCAAGUGGUAGUAUUUGUAACGGAAAGGGCAGACACCAGGGUGACGGUAGCGGAAAAGGUAGCGGAGGUAGUUUGCCCAGUUAUUUGGACGAUAGGGAAUCGUCCUCUUGCAACAACAAUUACGGGGAUGAUGCAGAGAAAUCUUCACUGGACGAGGUCGAGAGGAUCCCACCUUUGGGAGAUGGAGCCCCCCUGCACUGGAAAUUCUCCGAUGCUCAGACAGCUCUGUGUCAGGAUCAGGGUUAUGGUUCUGAGCGAUCUCCUGAGGAGGAAUAUCCGCCCCCUUUGCCAGACCACGAGCUCAACCAAUGCCACCACCACUUGGAGCCGCAUUCUUGUUACCCUUUCAUUACCCCAGAGAGUACUUUUUCUGUCAAACUGGCCAAAGGCACGCGAGGUCUAGGCCUCAGCGUGACAGGCGGCGUGGACAGCGCCGGCUCUUGGCCGGGAUUGGUCAGAAUCAAGAGGCUGUUUCCCCACCAACCGGCCUCGUCCUGCGGCCUGCUCAACGUGGGAGACCUUCUGCUGGAGGCCAA